UACUCUGUACUGCAGCUGUAAAUCAGUCCAACAAACAAGUCAACACAACCCACUUCAUCGUCUUUCGCAAAUGCAAGCUGAUGCUUUGUUGCAAGCACAGUCGCAAGCAGUUAUAAACCUGGAAACUAGGCGGCAGAGCGUAUUUCGCCACCACCAGUAGCCUCAUAUUUUCCUGUUUGAUUGCGAGGUGGAGUAGUGUCCGCAGUAGAACUUGAAGUAUUAGUUGCACCGCAUUUCAAAAUGGCUGUGGAAUAUCGCAUGGUUGUUGUGGGAGCUGGCGGUGUUGGCAAGAGUGCACUGACGAUCCAGCUUGUCCAGAACGAAUUCGUCGCCGAAUAUGAUCCCACGAUUGAGGAUUCGUACAAGAAGAGAUUGCUGGUUGACGAGGAGACAUGCGAAUUGGACAUUCUGGAUACUGCCGGACAGGAGGAGUACUGUGCUAUGCGUGAUCAGUACAUGAGAACUGGCGAGGGUUUUCUCAUUGUGUUCGCACUCAACGACCGGAAGUCCUUUGAAGAUGCUAGGAAUUUCCGCGAUCAGAUCUUACGUGUCAAGGACAAGGCAGAGCACGAAGGCGUACCGAUGAUUCUGAUCGGUAACAAGUGUGACCUGCCGAAGCGUGAUGUCGACGUCAACCAUGCCGCUCAGCUGGCCAAGAGCUGGAACAUUCCCUUCUGCGAGACCUCUGCCAAAACACGACAGGGUGUGAUGGAGGGCUUCUCGCAGCUUGUCCGGGAAAUUCGAAAAUACAAUAAGGUCAAUGUCAAGCCGACGUCGAAAUCGUGCUGUGUAAUUUGCUGAAUGGCUAAGUAGUGUUUACUUGCUUUCUCUCUCUCUCUCUCUCUCUCUCUCUCUCUCUCUCUCUCUCUCUCUCUCUCUCUCUCUCUCUCUCUCUCUCUCUCUCUCUCUCUCUCUCUAUCUCUCUCUGUUUCGCUCUCGUUAACGCUCUGCUGUCUCUAAUUGACACACCUGUGAAUAGUAGCAGCUGGCACACACGGAGUCUUGAGUUCCAGAAUUUAUCUUUCCUCCCUUCUUAAGCCUAUCAAUCACAUCUUGCAACUGGAAAUUUUUAGCUGUUUCCAGUUUUAGCCGCUCGCACUAGCACUGUUUUGACACCGUUUUGUUUCUCACCGCGAUGCGCUUCUUUCCCGCACCAUGCUACCUGGCUCAAUAGCCGGGGCGUGUUGCGGCGGGGCGAGCACAGGCCUGGUAAAGGCAGCCCCCAGUAAACACAGGCGCCUGUUGCUCCCUUGCUUGCGCACUCGCACACACACAAGCAUUGCACCGCUGUACAUAGGGUAACGCUCUUGAGGCAUACGUUCGUUACGUUUGCAGUGCUCGCCACUAGCACUCAUUUUUUGCCGCUUUUCUUCGUUUGACUAUUCUGAUCAUAUUCCUUAUUUCUGCAGUGCACGCUAGCGUUGCACUGCUCUACGAAAUAAUCCUAUUUUUUGAGACCUCCAUACAGAUCACCUUCCAAUGGACAUUUACACACAGUUGAUUAUGUAGCUGUGUGUGUCUAGACAUCUUGUUAUGCAUGUUGCUGUUCAGCUCGACUAGCUCUUGACACAGUUUUGCACCGCCAUCGCGUUGUGCUUGUAUGUCCAUGCCCAGAGCUCUCUCUCUCUCUCUCUCUCUCUUUUUUCUUCUCCGUCAACAAGUAUAAUUAUCAUUGUUAUCUCCUUCUCUCUUUGCCUGUCACAACUGUAAACCAUGGCAAUAAGCUCCCUCUUGCUCUGCCUCUCUGUCACGUACACACACAUUCUCUCUCUCUCUCUCUCUCUCUCUCUCUCUCUCUCUCUCUCUCUCUCUCUCUCUCUCUCUCUCUCUCUCUCUCUCUCUCUCUCUCUCUCUCUCUCACACACACACACACACACACACACGCACACACGCACACACACACACACACACGCUCACUCGCACACUCCUCUACGUUGUUCAUGUUCUGAAUCCCUGCUUUUAUCUAUGAGGUCAAUAUUCCUUUCCGAUACAUACUUCCGGUAUUUCAUUAUUAUCAUUCGGCUUAUUGACUUAUUUUGUGCCUCCAACAUCUACAGCAGGCACUCUGAUCUUUCCCAUGGAUAGAAUAAUAAAAUUAAAACUGUUUUACAAACUA